ACGCUCUUCCAACAUAUAUUCUCAUUUGCGGCGGCCACUUGAGAAACCUCAUGUUCAUGUGAAGCUCAAGCGUCAGUCAAUAUUCAGAUGCUGAACAUGCCCGCCGUCGCCCCUGAGAGCAUCUUGUCGCUCGCGUGUGCCUUCCUGACUGCUGCGCGAGCCUACUAUGAAGCCUCGGGGUCACUGUCACUGCAGAGCCUGCGGGCGCGGCGCUUUGGCUACAGAUACAGCCAUCUCUCUCAUCCUGAAGGAUACAGUGACAAGGAUGGGGAUGCGGACUCGGACACAUUGGCACGGUAUUCUGAUAGACUGCCCAAGACGCUUGCCGCAGUCUUUGUUACGGUGGACUUCAUCUUUGUGACUGUACGGAUGGUGGCUACUACACUGCCUUCACUGUCUUUGUUGGAGGUCGUAGCACGCCUGCUAAUAGCAGGUGAGAUAGCAUUGCUCUUUGUUGUCUCGAGUCCGGUCAAGAGGUUCAACAUUGGAUACUGCGCCGGCAUUGCUUCCGGUAUCAGUUCAUCCGUCUCGCUUUAUCGGGUAUAUCAGAUAUAUCGGUCGGCAGAAAAUGGGCAGCGAAGCAUCAGUGUCGUUCUUCUGGGCGAAGUCUUAUGCCUUUUGUUAGCCGGAGCAUGUGCAUUUUCUCUCCCUCGGAGACCUGACGUUUUUUAUCGCGGACGACCCGUAGACCAGCAAUACACUGUCUCGGCGAUCCAAAGGUACUCCUUUUCUUGGGCGCGAUCACUUCUCUCCAGAGCCAAGACUGAGGGAAGACUCGAAUAUGAACAUCUACCGACACUAGAUGAAGCCGGUCGGUCGGAGAACUUGUUAGUUCGUCUGUUUGAGCUAACCAAGCAGAGGAAAUCCAGAUCGCUCUGGCUCACAAUAUUCUUAGCGCACCGAGGAAGGUUUCUCCAACAAUGGGGCCUGACCGUGGCUUCGGGCUUUGCCUUGUACGCCCCUCAAAUGUGCAUGCUCAAAAUCCUGAGACUGCUUGAGCAACGAAAUGCCCCCGACUUCAAUUCUUCUGAAGUCUGGUUCUGGGUCAUGAGCUUGGGUCUGGCGAAGGUAGCACAAGUGGUGGUCGAAUCAUGGCUAGAGUGGGUCAACUGGGCGAUCCUAUCGGUUCCAGUGCGGUCACAACUGGCUGCUCUGAUAUUUCAGAAGUCCUUACGUACGAAAGACAUCAAGGGUGCCAAGGUCAGCAAUGAAAAGGAGGCACAACCGAAUCCGACGGAUUUGGAAAUGGACGAUGAGUUGGGUGAGAACCAGGUGUUGUUAGAUCACCUGUCAACAGGUCCAAGGACGUCUGAGGAUCAAGGGCCCACCGUGACUGGGGUUGAAGACGACGAUGCUUCAUCUAGCAUACACCAAGGAUUUAUCAAUUUGGUCGGUGUCGAUACUGUCCGCAUAUCUAACUUCGCAGCGGAAAACAAUCUAUUCCUUAGCACCCUCGUCAACCUGAUAUUGGCGCUUGUGAUACUCUUCAGACUCCUUGGUUGGCUCGGCGUGUGUGCGGGCAUGAUCAUGCCAAUACUUCUGACGCCGUUAAAUCUCCGGGCGACUCGCAAGUAUUCAGAUGCUCAGGCCUCCGUCAUGUCAAUUCGUGAUCAAAGAAUGGCACUUAUCGGAGAGGCACUGCAGGGGAUCCGCCAGAUCAAGUUUGCCGCUGUAGAAGAUCGCUGGCAAGGUAUGAUUAUGGAUAUCAGGACCAGAGAGCUGAAGCAGCAGUGGCUCGUGUACAUCCUUACCAGCGGUCUGCUUUGUAUCUGGAUGUCUGCGCCGCUCUUGUUCAGCACUGUGGCACUCGCGGUACAUGGUUGGCAGAAUGGUGGGAUGUCUCCAGCUGUCGCUUUUACUGCUCUAUCGAUCUUUGGUACUCUUGAAUAUGCCUUAAGUGUUGUUCCUAACCUCAUUACAGAGGCUGUUGAUGCCAAUGUGAGUGUUACGAGGAUAGAGCAGCACCUCGAGAGAGAAGAAAAGACGAUGCCACAGAUGACGGGGGAGGUUGUCAGUUUUGACGGAGCCACAGUCAGAUGGCCUUCUGACGCUGAGCGUCGCGGCACUUUCUCAAUCCGAGAUCUUAAUCUACAAUUUCCCAAGGCCGAGCUGAGCAUCAUUUGCGGAAAGACAGGAUGCGGGAAAAGUCUGCUACUAGCCUCCAUUCUAGGUGAAUCGGACGUUAUUGCAGGCAGUAUCAAGCUGCCAGCGAAGCAGUCUUCUGUAGAAGAAGACUGGAUCGAUCACUCAUUAGUCGCAUAUGUAGCUCAAAUUCCAUGGACAGAGAACGCGACUAUCCGCGACAAUAUCUUAUUCGGUCUUCCAUAUCUGCAAGAGCGUUACGAGCAGGUUAUCUGGGCGUGCGCGCUUGAGAAAGAUAUCGAAAUCAUGCCAGAUGGUGAACUAACGGAGGUAGGAGCCAAUGGGAUCAACCUAAGCGGUGGUCAGAGGUGGAGAAUAACAUAUGCGAGGGCUUUAUAUUCGCGGGCAGGUACGCUGGUGCUAGAUGACAUUUUCAGCGCUGUUGAUGCGCAUGUUGGCCGCCAUAUCCUCGAGCAUGGGCUUCUAGGACCGCUUGCAGAGGGCCGCACUCGUAUACUGGCGACCCACCAUGAGGGACUUGUCUUGUCUAGCGCAUCAUAUGUCGUCCGUCUGCUCGGGGCUGACGACGGAUCCAGUAUUGCUCAAGCGACUACCCAAGUGCCUCGGCGUAGGUCCAGAGGCGUGUCUGGGACUUCAAGUACGCAGACAAGCCCAACCCGGAAAGUUAGCGACAGCUCAGACUUCUCCUUGGAAGAGUUGGGGAUCGAGCCGCCACAGCCGGCAAAGUUUGUCGAGGAAGAAGUGCGAGAGCGUGGGCACAUCAAAUGGCUUGUGUACAGAUCUUACAUGAGUGCUGCUGGAGGGUUUCCUUUCUGGUUUACGGCUUUGGGCGUAUUCGGUUUGGCUCAAGCCGCGCUAUUGGGACGCGCAUGGCUUGUGAAGGUGUGGACUGAAGAUGAUGGACAUGGCAGUCAUGUUACGGUUGCGAGUGAGGACUCCUCUGCGACAUUUGAUUCGAGCAGCGGCCACUUAUACUUUUACCUUGGCUCGUAUCUAUUUAUCUCACUUUUGGCUGCCGUGCUCGCUGGGAUCAAGUUCGUCUUCUUUUGCCGCGGCUGCAUAGAGGCAUCACGAAAGCUGUUUGACGCAUUUACUUUCACUGUAUUGCGCGCUCCUCUAAGAUGGCUUGAUAAAGUGCCGCAGGGAAGGAUCCUCAACCGAUUUGCCGCAGACUUCAGCGCGAUCGACGCGAAGCUGGCUCGAGAUAUAAGCCAUUUUUGGGAAGAGGGUCUCUCAUUUCUUGCAAUUGUCAUUGCUGGAAUGUUCGUAUCAACAUACAUGCUGGUUCCAUCCCUAGUUUUAAGCGCCAUUUCUAUCUACUACGCAGCUGAAUACUUGCCAGGUGCAAGGGAGAUCAAGCGACUCGAAGCAACUGCACAAUCACCUGUCUUUGAGCAUUAUGGCUCUACGUUAACAGGAAUCGUUUCGAUCCGCGCUUUCCGGAAAGCCGAUGAGUAUCUAUCCCGCAUGCACGACCGGCUUGAUGAGUACGCGCGUUCGACUUGGAACCUCUGGCUUACACAACGAUGGAUGUCGAUUCGGAUGGGGGCUAUAGGGGCAGGAUUUGCGUUUGCUGUAGCAUCAGUCAUCGCCGCACGUCCGCAAAUCGAUGCUGCGCUUGCCGGGUUCGCAUUGAGCUUCUCCCUGAAAUAUAGUGAGGCUAUUGUCGAGAUGAUCCGGCGAUACUCGGCCAUGGAAUUAGACAUGAACUCGACCGAGCGUGUGGUCGAAUACACGAACAUGCCGAUGGAAGACCAAUCUGGGAUCACGCCACAGCAGAGUUGGCCAACCCACGGAAAUAUCGAUAUUGAAGGGCUGGAAGCAGGCUAUGCACCGGAAUUGCAACCUGUGCUCAAAGGUCUGACACUUACGAUCGAAGGAGGUCAGAGGAUAGGUGUGAUAGGAAGGACAGGUAGCGGCAAAUCAUCUCUCACUCUAGCCCUUUUCCGCUUCAUCGCAGCCAGAUCUGGUCGUAUCGUCAUCGACGGCAUAGAUAUUGCGGAGGUCGGACUUCACGCGCUUCGCAGCCGGCUUGCUAUUAUCCCACAGGACCCGGUCUUAUUCUCAGGAACUCUCAGAGCGAACCUUGAUCUUUUUAGCACAUACGACGAUGCGGCCCUCUUGCAGGCGCUGAGACAUGUGCAUCUACUACAGGACUCGUCGGCAUCCUCAGAAUCAUCUCGCCAUCCGAGAGAUGACCAGACAGUGUUUGAAAGUCUCAGCUCCCCUAUAUCAGAGGGCGGGCUGAGCUUGUCACAGGGUCAAAGACAGCUCGUAUGUCUAGCACGUGCUAUCGUCUCCCGGCCGAAGAUCAUGGUACUUGACGAAGCCACCAGCGCAGUGGACAUGGCCACCGACGCGUUGAUCCAACGCAGCAUCCGCGAACAAUUCCAAGGCAGCACCCUGAUCGUCAUCGCACACCGCCUGAGCACCAUCGUGGAUUUUGACAAGAUCCUUGUCAUGGAUAAUGGGCGGGUGGUCGAGUACGACGAGCCGAAGAAACUACUGCAGAAAUCGAAUGGCGAAUUUCGCCGGAUGCUGAACGAGAGCGGAGAGAAGGAAAAGCUGGAGCAGCUUGUAUUUGGAGAUCAAAGCUAAGUGCAGUAUGUUAUUUAAGGUACCACAGACUAGGUCUAUUCUUGGAGAUGCGUUUGGUUGGUCCUUGAGUCCUAUAGAUAGAUUUAUCAAUCAGCUUGAAUAUAUGCCUGCUCCCUGGAC